AUGGAAGGUUCAUCAGCACAGCCUUUCUCGGUUCCCAGUGGAAGUAAAGCGUGCGAGGCAGCCGUCGUGGCGGCGGCAGUCGCAACUCCACUGGGUACUUUGCCUCCGAGCUCAAACGACACUCGGCCACUAUCCUCGACCGCCACUGUGCUCGCUCCAGGAGCCAGUCCUGAGGGCCCUUCCGUGGAGGAUUACGCAGCGGCGGACAGAGUCAAACAUGUCCCAGCCAUCAAUAGCUCAAAGUUAGCGGAUCUUCUUCGAGCGGCCAAACAGCUCCCCGACCGGGGGAGCCAAUCGGGCAGGAGACUGCCCGACAGGCCGCUCGAGGAGGGCCGGAAGCUGCCUCAUCGACCUGUUAGCGAAGACUACUGGACGCCUGGUGACGAGCUUCUACCGCACCUAGCCAAGCACUCAAGUUCGGCACGUGGCCGUAGAGGCAGUAUCAAGGAUCCAAACUAUGGUCGUCUUUCGCCUCCAGGCGAUAUUGACAUGCGCGACUGCAGGGAUGAACGUCAAGCUCCUGAUUCGAAUGAUCUUCAAAGCAACACAAGAGGCAAUUUCCAUCCCGAUCGUUUGGCUAUGGUGGCAGAAGGUUCUGGGCAAGACCUAGAAAUGAGUCCUCCAUCUGUGCUUUCCAAGUCGGCGAAAGGGGCUAACACAGAGCCUCUUGGACGCGUUCGCGGACCAAGGGGUCAUGAGAAUUCACCCCAGACAUGUGUCCACGAUGGUUCCAUAGCGAACAAGGUCCACGUCAAACACGAAAUUAGCCAGUCACCUCCUCCAGUUGGAAAACCACAGGUCGGCACUAACAACGUCUCUUUACCAACAACGAAACUAUCCCUUGAGUGUCAGAAGCGAGGUUUCAAUCCUUCUUUUUAUGCGGUCAAGCACGAGAAUGAUACAUGGAGCUGCUCCGUCACCAUCCUGAACAAAACAGUGACAACAAAAGCCGGCUUCGCAAACGAGUGGAUCGCUAAGCACGAGGCAGCACUGAUGGGGCUCGAUAUAGCACGAAGUCUGCCGCCUGACAAAGUCAGCAGUGGCAAGAAGCCUAGAUACUACAUGCGUUCUGCAGUCGUAGAGUCUCUGGGAUCCCGAGGAGGAGCACCGCCUACACCACGGCAGGAAGAGCUUCCACACCGACCGUCCACCGCUGGUCCUAGAUACGACCUCCGUUCUGUGGCAGAUGUGCCUGCACAGAAUGCCGGCCAUAGCACUUCUGGCUUUCGACAGCCUAUAAUGCCAGCUCGGCUUUCAGGACCUAUCCCUGGUGGUUCUGUGGGCCACUUUGGUUUUCAACCCCCCUCCAUUCCGGCCUCGAACCCUGCUGCGCUUCUACAGCUGGAGCACAGAGAGCAGCGCAUCCGGCAAAUCGAAAUGCGUGUCGGUGUUUCGAUACCUUGGACCUACAGAGAAGACGACUUGGCCGUGCAGGCUUUCGUAACAGGGCUCCACCUAGGACAAGGGAAGAUACAUGCCGCCCAAAUACAGACCAUGGUGGCUAUGUCUGGUUCUAACACUUAUCGCGAGCGGUCCCCGCUUCGUGGCAUUGAUAUGCCCGAUUCCAGGGGACGCGCCGAUGUGUCGAGAUCCAGGGAGCCACCUCGUGCUCGCUCCCAGUCACCCAAAUGGGAGACCAAAACGGAUUCGGGCGGUUCUGCGCGUAGAUUUUGGGGUGACUAUUAUCCGGCACUUGAGGUGGAUCGAUAUAUACAAGAAAACUGA